AUGAAGGUCCGCGCGUCGGUGAAGCGCCUGUGCGGGUUCUGCAAGGUGGUGAAGCGCCGGGGCAUCGUCUUCAUCCACUGCACCGCCAACCCCAAGCACAAGCAGCGCCAGGGCUUCUCCACCAUCGCCGAAGCCGCCGCCUCGUGCGUCCACCUGCCGCCGCCACCGUCCGCCUCCGCCGCAGCGUUCGCGGACUACGAGGAUCUUGACUAUGUACAUGCCCUUAAGUGCCUUAAGCUCCGAACUGUUCUAAGUUUAGGCUUCGAAGGUGGCGAGGCAAGAGAUGUCUAUGAAGUUCAAUUGGCCGCUAGGUUUAGCUGCCUUGCUCAAGAAUGGAGAAAAAUAAUGCAUCAGGUCUACCAUACGCUGACAUUUUUAAGCAGAUGUUGA